UUCACAACUCUGCUGGGAAGUUCUAUUUAUAGACUUGCAGAGGAUUAUGUGAUUGCUCACCUAAUUUAAGUUGCUAAUCUAAUUAGAUAAGCUAUAUUUAAUACCAGCCUACUAAAAUGACUGAUGACCAGCCUUAUUUCCAGCAACUAGGUGCUGUAUAUUCUCCAGAAAUUUUGACCUGCAUAUGUGUUGAGUGUGUAUUGUUCAGUUCCAUAUCCCAGUUUGAAACUAGCCCACCUUAUUUGUAGGGAUGUAUAUCUGGUGCAUUUUAUUUUCAGAGCUGCUGCGCCUUGUUGAAUUCUGCCACCUCUGUUAUACACAUUUCAGCCUAUUUCAUGGGUUUACUGCUUUUAUUUUCUUCCACUCAAUUUAUAAUAAGCCAUCUGUGGAAGAGUCUGAAUUGCAUUCCUUGACAUUAUAUGGCGUUGUUUAGACGUUUGUUUUAUCGAAAACCUCCUGACAGGCUUCUAGAAAUCACCGACAAGGUCUACGGUACAAAACAUUUAUUUAUUUGAAUGAGUUAUUGCAUUUAUUCAUAUAUGUUUGUAUGUUCUAUUUAUGGGAGAGUAAUCUGCAUGCAGUGUUUGACUGUUGUUUGUCUCGCAACGUUAUGGAAGAAGACGAGUACAAGGUUUACUUGGGUGGCAUUGUAGCUGAGCUACAAGACUACUAUGAAGAUGAUGCUUCUUACAUGGUUUUCAAUUUCAAACAAGGGGACAACACAAGCCUUGUCUCUAGUUUCUUGUCUAGCUAUGGUAUGACUAUCAUGGAGUAUCCUCAACAUUUUGAGGGCACUCCUUUGUUACCCUUGGAAACUAUCCAUAAAAUUCUUCAUUUCUGUCAAAGCUGGUUGUCAUUGACGGGUCACCAUGUCUUACUAAUGCACUGUGAAUACGGUGGCUGGCCACUCCUUGCUUUUAUGCUUGCAGCACUCCUUUUGUAUCGUAAACAGUAUGAUAGUGAGCACAAGACUCUUGAGAUGAUAUACAAUCAAGCUCCUAGGGAACUUCUUUAUCUCUUCUCACCUCUAAAUCCACAUCCAUCUCACCUCAGAUAUCUUCAGUAUAUGUCACAUACAACAUUGGGUCUCCAUUGGGCGCUUGUCGAUACUCCUCUUGCCUUGGAUUGUAUCAUAUUUAGACUCCUCCCUUUGUUUGAUGGGGGGAAAGGCUGCAGACCAGUUGUUCGUGUUUAUGGACAUGUCCCUUCUUCAGCUUCGACCAAUAAAUCAUCCAAGCUUUUGUUUUCUACUCUCAAGACACGAGAAAAUGCUCGCCUCUAUAGACAGGAAGAGUGCCAGUUAGUGAAAUUAGAUUUUCAUAUCAGGGUUCAAGGAGAUGUUAUUCUUGAGUGUGUUCAUCUAGCAGAAGAUUUAAUAAGGGAAGAAAUGAUGUUCAGAGUCAUGUUUCAUACUGCUUUUAUUCGCUUAAACGUGUUGAUGCUAGAGCGCGAUCAAAUUGAUGUCUUGUGGGAUGUCAAGGUCCACUUCUCAAAAGACUUUUUUGCAAAGGUACUCUUUUCGGACGCAGAUGUUCCUCCAUCUAUUAUAAACACACAAGUGCCAAGUACCUUAGAAACUGAGUCAGAGAGUGCUUCACCUGAUGAGUUCUUUGAAGUAGAAGAGUUAUUUAGCGAUAUAGUUGAUGCACAUGAUGUAAAAGGGGACGUGUUAGAUACUCGUUUAAUAAAGGACAAUAGUCCAAAUGAAGUGGCCUGGAAGGAGGAUUUAGAGCCUUAUGCAUUUCAAGACUGUGCAUCAGAAGAUGGGAAUCACAAGCAGGAUGAUUUACUCAAUUCAGAUAUUUUCCAUGAACUGAAGCCCCUUUUUCUUGACAAUAUUUCUGGAGAAUUAUACAUCACUAGACAUGAUAAUGAUACACCAUGUUCUUUAGAAACAGAGAUUUCUGAUGUGUCUGGCAUGUCAGAGAUAGAAAAAGAACAACCAAGGGAACCAGAUCACUUGGAGAGAUUCAGAAACAAAAAUUUACAGAAAAAGUCAGAUGUUGAUGCAAGUAAACAAGAAAGGGAAUCAGAUCAUUUAUUCACCAAAGGAACAUUCCGAUCUAAAUCAGUCACUGAUUCCCCUAAUUCUUUCAAAACAAAUAGCCAAGGUUCUCAGAAUAGCUCUCUACGACAGGCAAAAGCUGAUAAGUUAUCCCCUUCCAACAAAGGUCCUUAUGCUAAUUCAUUGCAUGUUUCACAUCUACCAUCAAGACAUAAUAGUGCACCCCCCAUUCUAGUCCAUGCAAAGGAUACCCAAUUUAAAGGUGAUUCACACACUCUGUUUUGCAUGAUUUCCAAAAUGACCUGUAUAGACAAUAUACAUAGAAAAAAUACAUCUUGUCCACCAGUGUUAGCCGUGUCAAAUCACAUCACCUAUGAACCACUAGCUCGACCACCUCAUUCUUCAUGUCCUUCCAUUCCAUUGACCCAUGAUGUUGAAAGACCCCCAAUUCCCACACUUGGUUCUUCAUCUCAGUGUCCCACUCCUUCAGUGCUGGUUGCGCAACCACAUACAUCAACUUUUAUGGUGUCUUCACAACCUCUAGAGACAAGUUUUCAUAAAUUUUGUGAGCCUGGAUCUCGACCAGGAGAUUAUGGGCCUCAGCCUCCACCGCCACCUCAUAAAACCGUAGUCAAUGAACUCGGACCCCCUCCUCCACCACCAAACCUUAUAAUUUCUACAUUUCCUCCUGAAUCUGGUCAAGGACCUUCAUCUCCGGGACCUGCCCCUCCGCCACUGCCUAAGGUUGUGCCAAGGUCUAUUCCACCUUUAGGAGCUCGCUUUAGACGCAUGUACGGAAGAAAACAUUUAGGACCUCGAAAGAAUAGCAUGAAGCCACUUCGUUCUUCCACUCAGUCUCCCACUCCAUCAGUUCCGACAGUGCCACAACCUCAACCUCAUGUGCCAACCUUCAUUGUGUCUUCACAACCUCUAGAACCACCUCUUCCUAAACAUGGCGAGACUCGAUCUCCACCUCAUGUAUCACCACCUCCACCUCCAAAUCCACCUUCUAGAGUUGAUGGGAAUGGACCUCCUCCUUGUCCUGCCCCUCCUCCACCUGAUGGUGGCCUUGGCCCUCCUCCACCCCCUCCACCUCCUGGUGUUGGCCCUGCCCCUGCUCCACCCUCUCCACCUCCUGGUGUUGGCCCUGCCCCUCCUCCACCCCCUCCACCUCCUGGCGCAAGCCCUGCCCCUCCUCUGCCUCCUAGUGCUGGGCCACCACUCCCUCCACCUCCUGGAUCCGGCCUUGCCCCUCCACCUCCCGGCCCUGCUCCUCCCCCACCUCCUAGUGUUGGCGCUGGACCUAGACCUCCUCCCCCUUCUGGCACUGGCCCUGGAUCACAAAAUAACGGCCCUUCAGCCCCUGCUAGUAAAGGCCUACAGAGGUGGAAACAUUUAGGACCUCGAAAAACUAACUUAAAGCCGCUACAUUGGAGCAAGGUUACUAGAGCAUUGCAUGGAAGCGUAUGGGAAGAACUACAAAAGAGCGAAGAUCCUCAAAAUGAACGAGAAUUUGAUGUUUCCGAAAUAGAGACCCUUUUCUCAGCUGCACUCCCAAAGCCAAAGAAUUCUAAGAAAUCUGAUGGACACAACUCUGCUACAAAAAUGGAAACAGUUCAGCUGAUUGAGCAUAGGAGGGCUUAUAAUACUGAAAUUAUGCUCACAAAGAUUAAAAUGGGACUUCAUGACAUGACGGAUGCAAUAUUGACAAUGGAUGAUACAAUUUUGGAUGCUGAUCAAGUUGAAAUUCUUAUAAAAUUCUGUCCAACGAAAGAAGAGAUUGAGCUUCUAAACGUGAGGUCCUUACUAAAUUACCAUUCUAUUUAUCUUAUUUCAGAUUUCAAGAACAAUUUAAAUGUUGUCAUUGUUGUAUGUGAAGAGGUUCGGAACUCCCGCAAGCUGAAAGAAAUUAUGAGUAAAAUAUUAUUUGUGGGAAAUACCCUAAACCAAGGAACAGCCAGAGGUUCUGCAGUUGGAUUCAAGUUAGAUAGUCUUCUAAAACUCACUGAGACACGUUCUACCAACAACAAGAUGACAUUAAUGCAUUAUCUUUGCAAGGUUUUUGCGGAUAAGUUGCCUCAUCUACUAGACUUUUACGAGGAUCUUAUCAGUUUGGAAACUGCAUCGAAGAUUCAAUUAAAAGUUCUAGCAGAAGAAAUGCAAGCAAUUAACAAGGGUCUGGAAAGAGUUAAACAAGAAUUGGAUGCUAGCAAAUCUGAUGGCCCUGUAUCAGAAGUUUUUGUUAAGACACUUGAGGAGUUUGUUCAAGGUGCAGAAAGAGAAGUUGCUUCUGUACAGAAUUUGUAUACUGUGGGUAGCAAUGCAGAUGCAUUGGCACUAUAUUUCAAUGAGGACCCUACCCGGUUCCCAUUUGAGCAAGUUACUACAACGUUGUUAAACUUUGUAAGAAUGUUCAGAAAAGCUCAUGAUGAGAAUCGAAAACAAGAUGAAUUGGAGAAAAAGAGAAAACAGAAGGAAGUUGAAAUGGAAAAAGCAAGGGGAACUAAUAAAACUAAGGGACCUGUGAAAUAGCUGAGUAUAUUAAUGUUCCUCCUUGCAAUUUAUGGAGUAGAAGUAAAUUUCUCUCGUUAUAGACCGAAAGCCCCCCCCAUUGGUGUCCACAUAACUUGGCUAAUCGAGAAAUGAAUCAGAGAAGCCAAUUAUUCGGACUCGCAAAUGUUAAAUCUCUUAGAUGGCACUGGUUAUUGGUGGCAAUGUGGAUAGUCUGCCCGUUAUUUAAAAGCAACAAGUGUUUGAUUUAAUCUGAGACUAGAUUUAACAAAAGUUUAUCUACGAAAUCCAACUUGAUCAGUCCUACAAGAUUCCGCCUGAGAAAAUUUGAUAUUCAAGCUUGGAGUAUGAUACGGGAUCUUUCAUUUUCUUUGGAUUUGUUGAAGUGGGAUGGGUGUGAUUGGCAAUGACA